AUUAUUACAGUUACCAGGAUGUCCCUAAGAAUAGGUUAUAGCAUUUUUCUUGGCGUUUUUUAUAUAGUCCUUAUGAUUAUUGCUAUUCCCGGCAAUACUUUAAUACUAUGGAUGACUUUCAGCAAUAAACAAUUACGUACGCCGACCAAUUUACUCGUUAGUAAUUUAGCAAUUGGCGGUUUAGUUAUUGCUAUUUUUGCUAUACCUUUUCGAAUAUGGUCGUCUUUUAAUUUUAGUAGCUAUCCGUUUUCAUUGGCAACUUGUCGUUUUGAAAAAAUGAUUCCGUUAUCAAGUAUAAUGGCCAUUACAUGCACUCUGUGUAUCAUUUGCGUGGAUCGUUUUAUUGCUGUGGUUUAUCCCGUUAAGCAUCAUCUAAAAAUGACUGCACUGAAAGCCUAUAUACUCAUACCUACGAUUUGGAUUGUCUCAAUAGCCUCAUUUAUACCA